UACAUGAGGUGUAUUUUUUUGGUGGUAACUUCAGUAAAUUUGAUCGCCAGUCAUGACAGACCGACGCGUCCAGGCGCUUCUGUUGGACCUGGACAACACGCUGAUCGACACGGCUCGAGCGGGACACGUGGCCUUACAGAAGACCGGCGAACUUCUGAGGACGACGCUGGGCCUUGAUGACGACACCGUCGGCAGCAUUUGUGCCAAGUUCCAGCAGAAGCUCUUCCACGAGAGUUUUGAUGCCACAGCGGGCAGAUCCAUAGACGAGGUGCGGGUGGGCCACUGGCAGGAGAGCAUCGAGGAGGCGGCGGGGAGCUGUCCCAAACCCUCUCUGCCAGCUGAGUGCUACCACUUGUGGAAAAACAGUCGCCUGGAGGUGCUCAGGCUGUCGCCGGCUACAUGCAGCCUGCUGAAGGCCCUGCGGCCCAGAUACAAGCUGCUGCUGCUGACCAACGGGGACACUCAGACGCAGAGGGAGAAAGUGGCGGUGGUGGGAUGUGAGGAGUUCUUCGAUGCCGUCGUGGUCGGCGGGGAACAUGCCGAGCAGAAACCGUCAGUCUCCAUCUUCAGACACUGUUUCACUCUGCUGGGGGUGGAGGCCCAGGACUGUGUGAUGGUGGGAGACUCGCUGGACACCGACAUCCAGGGGGGCUUCAACGCCGGGGUUCAGGCUACAGUUUGGAUCAACAACACAGGCCGCGCUCUGCCAGACGGUUCAGUGAAACCAGACUUUACCAUUCCAACUGUGCUAGACCUGCCCGAUAUCCUGGCGAAACUGGAAUGAAGCAACCUGAUAAAACAAACCAUUUGUGAACCAAUCAAAUGAGGAGGAAGAUCAUUAAAGAAGCUGGGAUAUCGUGGGAAUUUCAUUAUAUUUAAGUUUAGUGGUGAAUAUGAAAUGAAUACUGGUCCAACUUGAAUAUUUGAGCCUUAAGUACCUCGCUAAGCUGCAUGCAACACAC